GUGUAAACAAUAACAAAUAUGUUAUUGCCCGAAAAAUUAAUAAACAUAUUAACAUAUUGAAAUAAAUUAAUGUGAAUUCUCAUUAUUUUUAUUCGUUCAAGUAUUUACAUAAAUUUGGUUCCGCGAUUGGCUCUAUAAAAUCGGUUUUGCGACGCAAAUUAAUUCAUUAUUUUGCUUGGUACAGGAGGAAGGUGCUUCAAACAGCCAUCACACCUGUGGUAAUUUUUAAGAUAAGAUUACUUUUUUUAUUUUAUUACGUGUUCACAAUGGAAUCGACUGAAAUGUCUCCUAAAAUCAAUUCAAUGCAUAUUGAAACGACAAUAAAUAAUCGUUUUGCCAAAACCCUAAUCACGAGUAAAGUAAAAAAUACGAAAAAUAAAGCUGAGGAAACUACAUUUUCGGUCAUUUUACCCGAAAAUGCUUUCAUAUCAGAAUUCGAAAUGGAAAUUGAUGGAAAAAUAUACAAGGCGUAUGUGAAAGAGAAAGAGGAAGCUAAAACAAUCUACACACAGGCCGUUUCAAGUGGGUUUGGUGCAGCCCACGUCGAAUUAAACGCUCGCGAUUCGAAAAAAUUCACCGUUUCGGUAAAUAUCGAACCAUCGAGUGAAACCAUCUUCAGACUCACAUAUGAGGAGCUUUUGCAACGCCAAAAUGGCCAAUACGAACUUAUUAUCAACGUACAUCCGGGCCAAAUCCUCGAUGAUCUCCGCUUGGAAGUGAAAAUCAACGAAACGCGACCUUUGACCUUCGUCAAAACCCUUUCAUUGCGUACAGGGAACGAAAUAAGUGAAGAUAAGCCCGAAUUGGACCCUUGUGCCCAAACAGAAAUUCUAAAUCCGAAUUCUGCUAAAGUUAAAUUCAAUCCGGAUAAAGAGCAGCAGAAAAAAUAUGCGGAGGCACUCGGGAGUAAGGAUAAAGGGCUUGCGGGACAGUUUGUGGUCCAGUAUGACGUGGAACGGGACCCGAAAGGGGGCGAAGUUUUGCUACGUGACGGUUAUUUUGUUCAUUUUUUCGCCCCCAGCGACCUAAAAACGCUCCCAAAACACGUGGUUUUCGUCUUGGAUCACAGUGGCAGCAUGAUGGGGCGCAAAAUCGAACAAUUGAUGCAAGCAAUGGACAAAAUUUUGUCCGAUUUAAAUCCGGAAGAUUUGUUUCAUAUUGUGCGCUUUUCUGACAAUGUUUCAGUGUGGAAUUUGGCUAAAAAUAAGUUUGAUGAAGUUUAUUUCACGCAACAACCUGAUUAUGAAAAUCUUGAUUCGUUUCUAACGAAAUUAGAAUUGGGGGAGGCGACUCCAGUGACUGAAGACAACAUUAAAAAGGCUAAAAAAAUCAAGGGCGAUAAUGUGAACAUGGGGAGUACGAAUAUCAGCGGGGGGUUGGUAGUCGGUCUGUUUUUAGUGCGCCGAACUUUGGAGAAAUUCUAUGAAAAAAAUUUUGCAACUAAAUACCAACCAAUGAUUAUUUUCCUCACCGAUGGUUUACCCAAUGUUGGUAUCAGUCACCCGGACCAAAUUACCAAAAUUGUGACUAAAAUCAAUCAAGGGACAAACAGGGCUGCCAUUUAUUCCCUAUCUUUCGGCGAAGACGCCGAUAAAAAUUUCCUGAAAAAAUUGUCAGCCCAAAAUUUGGGCUUCUCGAGACACAUUUACGAAGCAGCUGAUGCCUCCCUCCAAUUACAAAGCUUCUAUCGCACGGUUUCCUCCCCUUUGUUGAGGGAUGUCCGAUUUAAAUACGUCGACGAAGUCUCAGAUGUGACUAGAAUUGAUUUCCCUAUUUUUUUCCUAGGAUCGGAAUUUAUAGUAGCUGGCAGAUGCUGGGGGACAAGACCUUUGAGACACAUUGAAGCUUUUUGUCUCAAUGGUUGUGUCGAAUUUGAGACACAAAAUGCCGAAAGUGACACUUCGUUAGAGCGACUUUGGGCCUAUUUAACAGUCAAACAGUUGUUAGAUGAGCGCGAAACGGCCGAAAAUCGCAAUGAAUUGACUAAAAAAGCGCUCAAUUUGGCUUUGAAAUAUUCUUUCGUGACUUCAAUCACUUCCUUGGUUGUUGUUAAACCUCAGCAAAAUGAUUCAACUGAUUAUGAAAGUGCUGCCACAACGCGUCAAAAUUUUUAUGCUCCUAAUUAUCAACAUUGUUCAGCCCCAUCAAGGGCAUGCAAUAACUCUUUUGCUUCUCCAGCGAUGGGUAUGACCUUCGGAGCAAUGGCACAGUCCUAUUCUUCUCCAAUAAAGCUUUCCAGUUAUUCUACUUCUAGGUCCGACAGACUUUAUUCUGCCUCCUGCUUUCAAUAUGCUGCUUUUGGCUCUCCAAACACCUUUCAAACCACGAAUAAACCACUGUUCAAUUUUGGAAUAAACGAAGCUUUUUCGGGCUCAAACAACAAGAACACCUUUCAAACCAUGAAUAAACCACUGUUCAAUUUCGGAAUAAACGAAGCUUUUUCGGACUCGAACAACAAAGAGAAAAUCGAGAUUUUAAUAAAUUGGAUCAAUACUACUCAGCCUCAUUUACCUCAAAUUAAUGACUCACAAGCAAAUUUAUUUUUACAUUGUUGUGAUUUUAAUGAAGAAACGGCAAAAAACGUAAUUGACUCAUGCUUUACGAUUAGGACUUUGUGUCCUGAGUUUUUUACAGGAAGAGAUGUUUCGAAAUCGCCUCUUAAGGAAAGUUUGGAUGUUGCACUUAUCACUUUCUUGCCUGAAAAAACACCUCACGGGGAAGGAAUUAUUUUUGUAAAGUUGUUGGACCAAAACCCAGAUAAUUUUGAUUUUGUUGCGAUUUUAAAAUAUUUCGAUAUGGUUUGUUCUCUUUAUUUAAAUAAGGAAAAACUGGCUCAAGAGUAUUUAGUUAUUUUGGAUUUGGAUGGUUUAACCAAGAAUCAUUUAAACAAAUUUGAGACUUCAGUUUUGAAAAAAUUCUUAUGCUACGUGCAACAAGCCAUCCCUCUUAAAGUAAAAGGGAUAUAUUGUUUAAAUAAUAAGUCUUUCUGUGAUGACAUAAUGGCCUUAAUAAAACCAUUCAUAAGGACAGAAAUUGUGUCUAAGGUUUAUUUUCAUAACGAUAUAAAUGAUUUAUUAAUAAAUGUACCAAUGAAGUGUCUUCCUGAGGAAUAUGGGGGUUCAGUAAAAUGCAAACUUUUACAUGAAAAAAACAAGAAGCAAUUGUAUGAAAAUAUUUUGUUUUUUAAAGAGGAAGAAAAACAAGUAGUUGACGAGAGUAAGAGAGUUGCGCCACAAAAAGUAACAAAAUAUGAUUUUAAUUGAUUUAUUGUAAUAAAUGUAU